GAUUUAUCUUAUACCAAAUCAUUGAGUUCAAUUUUGCCCGUUAUAACUUGAACCAAAUGACCCACUGAUUGAAUGAUUGAUUGAUUGACUUCCUUGAUUGAUUUCAUCAAUUGAUUUGACUUGAUUUCAUUGAUUAUGUGUUUGUUUGACUGGCAUUGAUUGAAAUUGAAUGAUAUUAAUUGAUUAUUUGAGAACUAUCUGCUGUUUUGUGACUCUUAUGACAUUCCGUAUAUUUGAAAUGAAUUUUUCUCAAUGUCAAGUACACUUCUAUUAUUAAAUACUAGCAGGCUAAUUAAAUACCUUUAAAAAUUACCACAUGUAUGGAUAAACUGAUAGCAAGCCAAUGAUUUUGUUAACUGGGUCUGUGUAGUAUAAUAUAUGCUAUGUGAUUUAUGUAAAGUUGAGUGCAAAAGUGGUUCAGUCGAUACUUUCAUCCAGACGGAAGUAUGAGAAAGCGAAAGUUUGGCAAGUGAAUAAUUAAUGAUUUACAUGUAAAUUAGCUCACAAACACUUUCAUAUUGGAUCAACAACGAUUCAGCACAAAGAGCUAUCGUGACUUAAAUUUUGUCUUGCGAAAUGUCUAUACCAAAAAGCCAACACAAGGUAAGAAAGAUGUGUUUCCACUUAGACCUGGCCACUCAACGGUGAGAGUUGAUCAUGCAGCGAUUUGCAACUCUCACUCGCGAUUAUCUGGGCCACGAGAAUGACUGUGAAACUCUCAUGUGUAUGCUCUCGCUAACCAACUUUCGUCGAUAUUUUAUUGAAAAUAACGCAUGCGUUCUGUAUUUGUUAAGGUGUACAUGUAUAUGAAUGAUUUUAACGCUAUGUGUGCUGAGGUCUACAAACAUCAGCACAUCCAAACAGGAGGGAAUUUGUUUGGUCUGUGGACGACUUCGGGUAGUGCUGUAGUUCAUGUCGUCCUUGGCCCUGGUCAGGGUUGCAGGCGAACAAGCACCUCGUUUCAUCAAGAUUUAAAAUAUAUGGCUCGUGUUGGUCGCUUUGUCAACGAGGGAUACAUGUUAUGUCAUAUCGGAGAAUGGCAUUCCCACCACAAUCUGAGUUUAAGCAAACCAAGCGCUGAAGACGAAGGCACCAUCAGACGUAACUUCCCUCGAGGCAUGUCGAAAUUUUUGGUCAUCAUUGCAAACAUCAGGAACGGUGAUACAAUUAAACUGUCUCCGUAUUUCUUCACCAACGGCGGUGAGCGCUAUGCGAUAGCAGAGUAUGAGGUUUUAAAAUCCGACAGUCCGUUCUCAACUGAUGAUAAAAUUGCGGCAGAAAUUAAUUUGGGAGCAGAGCUAAACGAAACUAAUCAUGCUAGAGCCUCUUUAACAUUUAUCAAAACCCCACGAAACACGGGCUCAAAUUCUAAACGAGGGAAUGACAACACCUGUCCCACUUAUUCGCAGACUGUCUCGCGAAAUUCCCAUGAAAACCCCCGAAACACAGACUCGAGUACGCAACGGGAUAACAACACUAAUUCGACCACCCAAUCGCAGGCAACCGCGACGAAUUCCUCAACAGAGAAGGCGGCUAAACCCACACCGAUGGAUACAUCUGAUUCUCCGGGAGAUCAUCCAACCCCCCCCGGCCGACCGUACUUCGUCUCAAGCUAGCAAUAACCCCCCUGAACGAAACACAUCUCAAAACCAAACUUCGAGUGGUAGCCCAGAUGAGGCUACAACGAAAGAAAUUAUCUUGAAGAAAAUUAAGGAUGGGCUUGAAAAAUAUUUCGGCAGCGAAGGAAAAGUGGAUAUUGAACGUACCAGUCAUGUUGAUGUACAAAUGACAUUUAAACAUGACACAAAAUACUGGAUGCUUCGCUUCCAUGAAACCUUCCCAAAUCAACCUGCGCGACUUUCCUGCGCGUACAAUCCUGAACGUUUAUCAAAAAUGUCACCAUGUUCUGAUUAUUUUCUAGUGAAACCUCUUACCAAUCAUGUCAAUGUACUGCUGUCUAUCAAGAAAACUUGCUAUGGUGAAUUUUGUAAGAUUUGCAAAAAUAUCACUAAAGAAAAUUUAGCCAAGCCUGCUGCUGCAGUGUCCCCAGAUAACUCAAAGGUUACGGACGUUCUAAACGAGUUAACAAAAGAUAUCAAAAUGACCAUCUUAACACCAUUAACGUUUGCUAGUCAAGCCCAAAAUGACGGGAGUAAUAGAAUUGAAUUUCAGCAUUACCACGCGAAGUGGUCCAUAGAGAUCCCGGCCGAGUUUCCUGAUAAGCCUGCAGAGGUCUACAAACAAGAAAGUAGCUAUCGCUAUCCAGAGAAGAAGACAAUAAAUGAUUCGUCAAAGAGCAGACAUGAACAGAAAUCAUUGCCAUUGAUUUCGUCAGAUCUCAUCAUGUUAGCCAUCAGAAGUAACUGUUACUGCUCGCAAUGUAUAAGAAUGUAGGAUACCUUAAACAAGUAGCCGACAGACAAUAUAUAGGUAGGGUAUUCUUGUUCUGAUAUGAUUGCAUUUAAUAUACAUAGGCUGCUUUUCAUUCAAAUUUGUAUGAUGCUUAGUAUAGUUUGUUGGAGUUAUAUAACUGCAUGUUAGCGAGAAAAUUUUCAGAAAUGUAACUGAAUAUGAAUUUCAUGCAAUAAUUUUGAAAUUAUAAUGAUAAAAAUGUGAUUGUGAAACAAAGUAUUUUUCCAUUACCGUAUUCCUGUAUUAAGCCUCGUCUAAUAUGCCUCCCCUUGUAGAGGAAUCUAUCGAGCCCUUCCACAUACAUUGCAUUAUAUAACAGCAUGACAUCAAACACUGAUUCUUGUGUACUCCAUUUUCCUGGAACGAAAGGUUUUUCCCAGCAGAAAAAACAGUAUUUUUCUUGGUAAAACACAGGUGGGACACUUUUAGUUUUUGUUAUGUAAACGAUUUUAAAACCGCAAACACUGUAUGGUUUGUUUUCCAAAAGAUUUCAAGACCAACCCUGCCAAAUUAUUUUACUCUUCCUAUGGAGCUGCAGUACGUCAUAAUGAAUGUAGGAAUUUUGAGCUUGUUACACCACUGAAUAAUGAAGUCAAUAUGUUGCUUACAAUAAAGAAUAUAUGCCGUGGAUGUAAGGUCUGCAAGCAUUUCAUAAAAGAAUCGCUUCCUCAGUCUGAUUUUAAACUCACGCUCUAUGGCGAGGCUUGCGGUUUCCCUAAGUAAACUUGUGAGUGAACUUACAACGAUCUUCAAUGAUGUGACUGCUUUGAAUGUAAAUCAACCCUUAGAGAACAGUCACGCCAAAAUAGCAUUCAAGCACGGACAUUAUCAUUGGAUUAUUAAUCUUCCAGCUCAAUUUCCUGAAAUACCUGCAAAGGUGUCUUAUUUGUUCCAUGAGAAAAGUUCCCAGGAACAUGAGGCGUUAUUGUAUGAAAAAUAUUCAUGUGGUCCACAGGAUUUAAAUACGUCAAAACUGAUCAUUAAAGCUAUUCAUACCAACUGUACUUGUAGAAGAUGUUUAGACAUACGACAGCAAUAUCAGUGAUGAAAAUACUUUAAUGUCGCAAACAGCUUUAUUAUAGAUACUCCGUUAGAUGUAUUCUAUAAUUUUUAAACAUUAAUUUAAUGUAGAAUAAGAAUAAUUACAAAGAUCUUCAUUAGAAUUUGUGAUUAAAGUAGAGGUGAUUAUAUAAAAAAAAAGAAGAUUUCUGUUCUAAUUUCAAUGACCGGCGAAUUUCAUAGAUCAAGACGGUUUCAGUCACACGGCCGUAGCUCAAAACUGUACUCAUGGUCUCUGGAUAAAACCCUUUUUUGCAAUCAUUUUUUAAUGUGGACAUAAUUUUUCAAAUAUACGAAUAGGAUUUAUCUUACACCAAGUCAUUGAGUUCAGUUUUACCCGAUAUAACUUGAACAAAUUACCCACUGAUUAAUUGAUUGAUUGAUUGAUUGACUUGAUUGCUUGAAUCAGUAAUUGAUUGACUUCAUGGAUUGAUUGAUUGUUUAAUCUCUUGAAACACACUUACUUUAGUUAUAAAACAUUCAAUUCUGUUCAUUAUAAAUUAGAUUUUUUCAAUGGCAAGUACACUUCUAAUUCCUUUGGGAAUUAAAACACUAAAGUAUGUAUCACAAUAUAUCUUACAUAAUAUAACAGCAUGACACCAAACAAUGACUCUUGUGUACUCCAUUUUCCUGGAACUAUAAAGGUUUUUCCCGGUAGAAAAGACCAGUAUUUUUUUUGGUGACAAAACUUAAAAGGCAGUUCCCUUUAAAUAUUGCGUCACAGCAAUAAACCAGUGAAAUGAAAUAUCGUGCAAAGAAAACAAAUUUGCAGUCUCUGCAUGAUGUCACUGAGAACAAACUAAUACCAGAUUAAUACGAGGGGUAUUUCUUAUCAUGCAGUUUCCUCUCGCCCAGUGGAUACAUUAUCUUAUAUUUAUGGACUAAGUCGAGUUCAGUCAACCGCGUCUCAAACCUGUACUCUGGAUAAAACCCACUUUUGAAUGUGGGCAUAUCACUUAUUAACUUUUCAAACUUACGAAUAGGAUUUAUCUUAUACCAAAUCAUUGAGUUCAAUUUUGCCCGAUAUAACGUCAACCCAAUGACCCACUGAUUGAAUGGUUGAUUGAUUGAUUUCAUUGAUUGAUUUCAUCAAUUGAUUGACUUGAUUUCAUUGAUUAUGUGUUUGUUUGACUCGUAUUGAUUGAAAUUGAAUGAUAUUAAUUGAUUAUUUGAGAACCAUCUGCUGUUUUGUGACUCUUAUGACAUUCCGUAUAUUUGAAAUGAAUUUUUCCCAUUGUCAAGUACACUUCUAUUAUUAAAUACUAGCAGGCUAAUUAAAUACUUUGAAAAUUACCACAUGUAUGCAUAAACUGAUAGCAAGCCAAUGAUUUUGUUCACUGGGUCUGUGUAGUAUAAUAUAUGCUAUGUGAUUUAUGUAAAGUUGAGUGCAAAAGUGGUUCAGUCGAUACUUUAAUCCAGACGGAAGUAUGAGAAAACGAAAGUUUGGCAAGUGAAUAAUUAGUUAUUUACAUGUAAAUUAGCUUGCAAACACUUUCAUAUUGGAUCAACAACGAUUCAGCACAAAGAGCUAUCGUGACUUAAAUUUUGUCUUGCGAAAUGUCUAUACCAAAAAGCCAACACAAGGUAAGAAAGAUGUGUUUCCACUUAGACCUGGCCAGUCAACGGUGAGAGUUGAUAUCAUGCAGCGAUUUGCUACUCUCGCGAUUAUCUUUGCCACGAGAAUGACCGUGAAACUCUCAUGUGUAUGCUCUCGCUAACCAACUUUGGUCGAUAUUUUAUUGAAAAUAACGCAUGCGUUCUGUAUUUGUUAAGGUGUACAUGUAUACGAAUGAUUUUAACGCUAUGUGUGCUGAGGUCUACAAACAUCAGCAUAUCCAAACAGGAGGAAAUUUGUUUGGUCUAUGGACGACUUCGGGUAGUGCUGUAAUUCAUGUCGUCCUUGGCCCCGGCCAGCAUUGCAGGCGAACAAGCACCUCGUUUCAUCAAGAUUUAGAAUAUAUGGUUCGUGUUGGUCGCUUUGUCAACGAGGGAUACAUGUUGUGUCAUAUCGGAGAAUGGCGUUCCCACCACAAUCUGAGUUUAAGCAAACCAAGCGCUGGAGACGAAAACACCAUCAGACGUAACUUCCCUCGAGGCAUGUCGAAAUUUUUGGUCAUCAUUGCAAACAUUACAAACGGCGAUACAAUUAAACUGUUUCCGUAUUUCUUCACCGACGGCGGUGAGCGCUAUGAGAUAGCAGAGUAUGUGGUUCUAGAUUCUGACGGUCUGUUCUCAACUGAUGAUAAAAUUGUGGAAGAAAUUCAUUUGGGAGCAGAGGGAAAAGAAUAUCAGCGAAGAAGAGAAACUACUUUGGUAGAGGUUGCCAAUCACAGUGGAGCCGCUUUACGAAAUGCAGGAAACCAACAUAACACGUCUUCUAAUUCUCGACGGGAUGGCCACACCAAUCCAACUUGCUUGCAGGCUAACCAAAUCUCAUCCCUGGUUGGCCUAAGUACAUCCGCAUCGAAGCCUAACCCAAGUUCAUCUGACUCCCUGGUUAACUCAAAUAUACCUGCAUCGAAGGCUAACACCAGUGUACACCAUGUUGACUCACGUACACCCAACCCCAAAGCUAGCCAAAGUACACCCAACUCCAAGGUUGACCAAAAUACAUAUGAUUCCAAGGUUAACCAAAGCUCAUCCGAAUCCCAGCCCACCCCAAAUGGAUCCACUCGCGAGGAACCAAUGGAUACAGAAGAUAGUGAUCUUCACCCUCCUGGCGAUCACGAAAGAUCGAGUGAUAGACCUGAAAACGCCACCUCUGCAUCUCAACCUGGUACCUCCGCCGGUGGUCAAGCAGAUCCAGACAAGAAUAAAAAUGGUAAUGAAGAAACACUGUCUGAACACGAUAUUGCGUUGAAGAAAAUUUAUGAUCAACUCAAAAAAUGGUUUGGUAUUCAAUCCGAUUCCAAGUUCAAAUUCGAAAAAUCCAAGGAUAUUCCUGAUGCCAUCGAAAUUAGUUUUAAGCAUAAUCGCAGAUACUGGAUGGUUCGUUUUCCUGAAGAUUUUCCUACCAAGCCUGCAAAAUUAUUUUAUUCUUCCUGGGAAGCCUCAGUGCGUCAUAAUGAAUGUUUCGCCUUUGAAAUUGUUAAACCACUGGACAACGAAGUCAAUGUUUUGCUCACAAUAAAGAAUGUAUGUCACUGUAAGGUUUGCAAAAAUUUCCCAAAAGAAUCGCUAUCUCAGCCUAAUUUAAACUCACGCUCUAUGGAGAAGCUUGCGGUUUCCCUAAAUAAACUUGUGAGUGAACUUACAACGAUCUUCAGUGAUGUGACUGCUUUGAAUGUAAAUCAACCCUUAGACACCAGUCACGCCAAAAUAACAUUCAAGCACGGACAUUGGCGUUGGAUUGGCGUUCCAGCUCAAUUUCCUGAAAUACCUGCAAAGGUGUCUUAUUUGGUCUAUGAGAAAAGUUCCCAGGAACAUGACGCGUUAUUAUAUGGAAAACAUUCACGUGGUCCACAGGAUUUAAAUACGUCAAAACUGAUCAUUAAAGCUAUUCAUAGCAACUGUACUUGUUGGAGAUGUUUGGACAUACGACGGCAAUAUCGAUGAUGAAAAUACUCUAACGGAGUAUCUAUAAUAACGCUAUUUGCUACAUUAGUCGUAUUUUAUAAUUUUUAAAACAUUACAUGUAGAAUAAUUACAAAGAUCUCCAUUAGAAUUUCUGACUAUAGAGGUGAAUAUAUAUAAUAAAUGAAGUAGUCUUCGAGUUUGAAUUGAAGAUGAAUUUUAUAGAUCAAGACGGGUUCAGUCUACACGGCCGUAGCUCAAAACUACACUCUGGAUGAAACCCAUCUUUUGCAAGCACUUUUGAAUGUGGGCAUAACUUUUCAACCUUACGAAUAGGAUUUAUCUUAUCCCAAGUUAUUGAGUUCAAUUUGCCCCAUAUAACUUGAACCAAAUUACCCACUGAUUCAAUGAUUGUUUGAUUGACUGGAUUGAUCAACUUCAUUGAUUAUUUGUUUGUUUCACUUCAAGUUAAAAAUAUAAUUGCCCAGCAAAUAAUUCGUAAAAGAGGCAUAUUAAAAAAAAAAAACAUUUGGUAUGUAAAAACAUUUAUUGAGUAACGUUUCGUCACAUUACAAGACAUAGUUAAGUUAAAUACAGUUGAGCUAUUUCAUCUAUUUUAUAACACAUUUUAAAAAAAAUAUAUGAUAUACAAUUGCAAACGGUUAAAAAGUUAAAAGUAGAAAGAUGCAACGUUCAUGGUAUUUUAUAUGUAUAAACAAGAUACUGAGAUUAGUGAAAGAUAUAGAUUAAAAUAAAAAGGUAUGUCAAGAGGUUAGCGUCAGUGUUAAAAUAAUUGAUUGACUUCAUGGAUUGAUUGAUUCUUUUAUAUCAAAUUGAAACACACCUACUUUAGUUAUAAAACAUUCAAUUCUGUUCAUUAUAAAUUAAAUUUUUUCAGUGGCAAGUACACUUCUAAUUCCUUUGAAAAUUAAAACACUAAAAAGUAAAGUAGACCAAUGUAUCACAAUAUAUCUUGUAUAAUAUAACAGCAUGGCAUCAAACACUGAUUCUUGUGUACUCCAUUUUCCUGGAACGAAAUUAGGUUUUUUCCGGUAGAAAAGAUCAGUAUUUUUCUUCGUAAAACCACAGGUGGUACACUGUUUAGUUUAUGUGAUGUAAACGAUUUUAAAACAGCCAAACAAACAAAAUUUACCUUGUUUAAGAGUAAAAUAAAGUAAUUGAGUUGUAUUAAGUCCAGAUUGAGAAAUAUUCCUUGACAAACUUUGUUAUUAGCAUAUUACACGUGUCAAGGAAUAUUUCUCCACUUGGUACACAUCAAAUAGCCAUCGGGUAAGUAAAUUUGUUUAUUCAACUGUAUUUUACUUUUUGCAAGGUACAUUUUGUUUAUUUGGUUGUUUUAAAAUAAUUUACAUGACAUAAACUAAUCAGUAUACAACCGGCCUGCUUGUGGUAAAACGUUACAAAUUAGAAGCCCAACAUAUAGAUACAUGAUUUUGUUAAAGUCUGUCUAGUAUAAUACAUUGUGAUUUAUGUAAAUUUAGCCGCCAAGUGAAUAUAUAUAAACUUACAAGGCAGUUCCACUUUCAAUAUUGCGUCGCAGGAUUUCAGCACUUAGAGCUAUCUUAACCUAAACUUGCAAUUGUCUUACAAAGAAAUGUCUGUGCCAAAGAGCGAACACAAGGUAUGAAAAAUAGAUCUAUUUUUCCCAGUUAGAAUUGGUCAAUCGAGGAUGGAAUUGACGGCAACUCUCGCUCGCGUUGCAAGACUGCGACACGAGAAUGACCAUGAAACUCUCAUAUCGACUCGCUCUUGCAAUCGAUAUUUUACUAUAAUUAGCCAUUCCGAAGUUGAUGAGUGGACUGGGGACGAGUGAUAAAAAGUGCCCAAAUUAAGAAAUGAACCAAAUCACUAAAACGAGCACCUCAAAAUUAGUAAGUAUACAAAGUUUGAAUACGUUUACAUGAAUACCCUUCGAAUAAUAAGCUUUCGAAAAUUGUGAAAUUACUGAUUAAAAGAUUGUUUUUGGGACACGCGUCUCAAAAGCACAAAUUAGAAUACAUUUCAUAGUAAAUAUCGCGAUUUUCGAAAGCUUAUUAUUCGAAGGUUAUUCAUGUAAACGUCUUCAAACUUUGUAUAUUUACUAAUUUUGAGGCGCUUUUUUAGUGAUUUGGUUCAUUUCUUAAUUUGGGCAAUUUCGUCCCCAGUCCUCUCAUCAACUUCGGAAUGGCUAAUUGAUAUAUAUUUCUAUAUUUUAUCAUAUACAUGUACACACAUGUAUAUGAAUGAUUUUAAUGCUAUGUGUGCUGAGGUCCACAAACAGCAGCAUAUCCAAACAGGAGGAAAUUUGUUCGGUCUGUGGACGACGUUGGGUAGUGCUGUAAUUCGUAUCGUCAUUGGCCCUGGUCAGGGUUGCAAGCGAACAACCACCUCGUUUCAUCAAGAUUCAGAAUAUCUGGUUCGUGUUGGUCGCUUUGUCAACGAGAAACACAAGUUAUGCCAUAUUGGAGAAUGGCAUUCCCACCACAAUCUGAUUUUAGACAAACCCAGCGCUGAAGACGAAAUCACAAUCACACGUAACUUCCUUCAAGGCACGUCGAAAUUUUUGGUCAUCAUUGCAAACAUUAAAAACGGUCAUACAACUAAACUGUCUCCGUAUUUCUUUACCCACGGCGGUGAGCGUUAUGAGAUAGCAGAGUAUGUGGUUUUAGAAUCCGACGGUCCGUUCUCAACUGAUGAUAAAAUUGUGGAACAAAUUCAUCUGGUAGCUGAGGGAAAAGAAUAUCAGUGAAGAAGAGAAACUACUUUGGUGGAGGAUGCCAAUCACAGUGGAGCCUCUUUACGAAAUGCAACAAAACCGACAAAACACGGGUUCUAAUUCUCAACGGAAUGGCAACACCAAUCCAACUCGCUUGCAGCUAACCAAGGCUCCUCUCUGGUUGGUCUAAGUACAUCCGCAUCAAAGCCCAGUCCAAGUUUCUCUGACUCCCUGGUUAACGCUAGUACAUGUACAACAAAGCUUAACCCAUAUGUCUCCCUAGCUAACACAAAUAUACCUGCAUCGAAAGCUAACGGCAGUUUACCCCAGGUUGACCCAUGUAACUCAACUUUAAAGCCAAUCAAAAUACACCGAAAUCCCAGGUUGACCAAAAUGCAUCUGAUUCCAAGGUUUACUAAAAUGCCAACCCAAGUGGAUCCACUCCUAAUGAUCGCGAGGGACCAAUGGAUACAUAAGAUAGUGAUCUUCACUUUUCUGGAGAUCACGAAAGAUCGAGUUGUAGCACUGAAAACGCCACCUCUGCAUCUCAACCUGGCACUUCCGCCGGUGGUCAAGCAGAUCCAGACAAGAAUAAUAAUGGUAAUGAAGAAGCACUGUCUGAACGCGAUAUUGCUUUGAAGAAAAUUCAUGAUCAACUUAAAAAUUGGUUUGGUAUUCAAUCCGAUUCCAACUUCAAAUUCGAAAAAUCCAAGGAUAUUCCUGGUGCCAUCGAAAUUAAUUUUCAGCAUAAUCACAGAUACUGGAUGGUUCGUUUUUCUGAAGAUUUCCCGACCAAUCCUGCCAAAUUAUUUUACUCUUCCUAUGAAGUUGCAGCACUCAUAAUGAAUGUAGGAAUUUUGUGCUUGUUAAACCACUGAACAACGAAGUCAAUAUAUUACUUACAAUAAAGAACAUAUAUGCGGUGACUGUAAGAUCUGCAAGCAUUUUACAGGGGAAUCGCUUCCUCAGUCUGAUUUAAACUCACACUCUAUGGACAAGCUUGCGGCUUCCCUAAAUAUACUUGUGAAUGAAUUUACAAUGAGGUUAAGUGAUGUGAACAUAACUCACUUUGUCAACAGCAACGCCGAAGUAACUUUUAAGUACGCAAAGAAGCGUUGGAUUAUCUGUUUUCCAGCUCAAUUUCCUGAUAUAUCUGCAAAGGUGUAUUAUCUGCCCCAUGAUAGUAGUUCCCAGAAACAUGACAUUUUAUUUCAUGGAAAACAUUUAUCUGCUCCUCAGAUGACUCUUGUUAUGACAUUCCAUAUAUUUGAAAUGACUUUUUCUCAAUGUCAAGCACACUUCUACUAUCAAAUACCUUUGAGAAUUAUCACAUGUAUGGAUAAACUGAUAGCAGGCCAAUGAUUUUGUUAAAGUCUGCCUAGUAUAAUAUAUGCUAUGUGGUUUAUGCAAAGUUGAGUGCAAAAGUGGUUCAGUCUAUACUUUAAUCCAGCCGGAAGUACGAGAAAGCGAAAGUUUGGCAAGUGAAUAAUUAAUGAUUUACAUGUAAAUUAGCUUACAAACACUUUCAUAUUGGUCAACAACGAUUCAGUACAAAGAGCUAUCGUGACUUAAAAUUUGUCUUGCGAAAUGUCUAUACCAAAAAGCCAACACAAGGUAAGAAAGAUGUGUUUCCACUUAGACCUGGCCAGUCAACGGUGAGAGUUGUCAUGCAGCGAUUUGCAAAACACGAGUCACGAUUAUCUGCAUGGCCACGAAAAUGGCCGUGAAACUCUCAUGUGUAGGCUCUCGCUAACCAACUUUCGUCGAUAUUUUAUUGAAAAUAACGCAUACGUUCUGCAUUUGUUAAGGUGUAUAUGUAUAAGAAUGAUUUCAAUGCUAUGUGUACUGAGGUCUACAAACAUCAGGAUAUCCAAACAGGAGGGAAUUUGUUUGGUCUGUGGACGACUUCGGGUAGUGCUGUAAUUCAUGUCGUCCUUGGACCUGGUCAGGGUUGCAGGCGAACAGCCACCUCGUUUCAUCAAGAUUCAGAAUAUAUGGCUCGUGUUGGUCGCUUUGUCAACGAUGGGCACAUGUUAUGCCAUAUUGGUGAGUGGCAUUCCCACCACAAUCUAGGUUUAAGCAAACCAAGCGCUAACGACGAAAGCGCCGUCAGAAGUAACUUCCGUCAAGGCAUGUCGAAAUUUUUGGUCAUCAUUGCAAACAUCAGGAACGGCGAUACAAUAAACUGUCUCCAUAUUUCUUCACCGACGGCGAUGAGCGCUAUGAGAUAGCAGAGUAUGUUGUUGUAGAUUCCGACAGUCCGUUCUCAACUGAUGGUAGAAUUGUGGCAGAAAUUAAUCUGGGAGCAGAGGGAAAACAAUAUUAAUAAUAAUAAAUAUACUGCAGUUAGCAUAUAAUAAAAUAGAGUAAAAUGUAACGGUUAGAAAGUUUUACAUAUUUACACUGAAAGAAUCCAUGUUGUAAUUUCAAUGACCGGCGAAUAUUAUAGAUCAAGUCGGGUUCAGUCUACCCGGCCGUAGCUCGAAACGCAGCCUAGUCCCUAGGCCUCUUAGUACGCCUAUUUUGCGUUUCUGCAUGUACGGUUGGACGGCCCUGUACGGAAAUCAAAGGCGCGCACAGAGGACUAGGGACUAGUCUGCUCGAAACUGUAUUCUGGUCUCUGGAAAUCUCUGGAUAAAACCCCUUUUUGCAAUUUUUUUCUUUUUUUUUCAAACUUACGAAUAGAAUCUAUUUUAUACCAAGUAAUUGAGUUGAAUUGUACCCGAUAUAACUUGAAUCAAAUUACCCACUGAUUGAAUGAUUGAUUGAUUGACUUUAUUGAUUGAUUUCAUCAAUUGAUUGCUCGAUUUCAUUCAUUAUUUGUCUAUUUCACUUCAUAUUGAUUGAAAUUUGAUUGAUUUUUUUGAUGAUUUGAAAACCAUCUGCUGUCUUGUGACUCCUAUUAUGACAUUCCGUAUAUUAUAAAUGAAUGGUGUAUAUCACAUACCUUGCAUAACAAAACAGCGUGACGCCAAACACUCGUAAUCCGUUUUCUUGGAACUGAGUGUUUUUCCUGGAAGAGACCAGCUUUUUCUCAGUAAAGUUUUACAAAUUAUAUUAUCGAAACAAAAGCACUCAAACACAGAAUAGAUAUAGGGACGCAACCAUGUCCAUGCAUAAACUGAUUGCAGACCAAUGAUUUUGUUAAAGUCUGUCUAGUGUGGUAUAUACUAUGUGAUUUAUGAUGUAAAGUUGGGUGCAAAAGCAGUUCAAUCUAUAUUUUAAUCUAGACGGAAGUAUGAGAAAGCGAAAGGGAAUAAUGCAAAUGAAUAAAUAAUUUACAUAUAAAUGCAAACACUUUCAUAUUGGAUCAACAACGACUCAACACAAAGAGCUAUCGUGACUUAAAUUUUGUCUUGCGAAAUGUCUGUAUCAGAAAGCCAACACAAGGUAAGAAAGAUAGAUCUGUUUUUCCACUUAGGCCUGUGACAGUUGGUGCGAUUUGCAACUCUCGCUUGCGUUUAUCUUGACCACGAGAUUGACCGUGAAACUCUCGUGUAUAGGCUCUCGCUAACCAACUCUCGUCGCUAUUUUACUCAAAGUAACGCAUACGUUCGGUAUUUCUUAAGGUGUACAUAUUUACGAAUGACUACAACGAUAUGCGUGCCGAGGUCUACAAACAGCAGCAUAUCGAGACGGGAGGAAAUUUGUUCGGUCUUUGGACGACUUCGGGUAGUGCUGUAAUUCAUGUCGUCCUUGGACGUGAUCACAUUGUCAAUGAUAAGUAUACGUUGUGUCAUAUUGGUGAGUGGCAUUCUUAUCACCGCCUAAGUUUAGACCAAACCAGUGCGGGAGUCGAGCAGGCUGUCAGAUGUAACUUCCCGCAAGGCAUGUCGAAAUUUUUGGUCAUCGUUGCAAACAUGAAUAACGAGGAUCGUGCGGAGCUGUCUCCGUAUUUCUUUACCGACGGCGGAACAAGCUAUGAAAAAGCAGAGUUUGCGGUUUUAGAAUCAGAAAAUCCCUUUUCAAAUGAUGCUAAAAAUUUGGCAACGAUUGAGCGCGGAGCUGAGGGAAAUCAAGGUCGAGCCUCUUUAACAGGCUUCGAAAUCCCACAAAACACGGGCUCAAAUUCUCAUCAGAAUAGGAACCCCACCUAUUCGCAGGUCACCUCAAGAAGUUGCCAUGAAAACCCCAGACAAACAGGCUCGAUUACUCAACGGGAUGGCAAUACUAGUUCUACCCAUUCACAGGUUACCUCAAGCAAUAGUCAGCGAUCUGGAGAGAAUGCAAAUGAUGUUACGUCGUCGGACACAUUUGAUACGGAAUCCCCCAAAGGUGGACCAACCCCGCUGGCAGUCCAUACUUCGAUUCAAACGUCGGCGACUGCCGAAGAUGAGAAGGCUUCAACGAAAGAAGUUGUCAUGAAGGACACUUACGAUGAGUUAGAGAAAUUUUUUGGCAAAGGAAAAGUGCAAAUGGAACGUAGUUAUGAUGACAUAAAUAUGAUUUUUGAACAUGAGUCGUAUCACUGGAUGGUUCGCUUUCCUAAAACCUUCCCGAAUCAACCAGCGAAGCUUUACCGUGAAUUGAAUCGUCGUUAUUUCUCAAGCAGCUCGCCAUGCCCUCAUUAUAACCUUGAGAAACCUCUUACUAAUCAUGUUAACAUACUUCUAUCUAUCAAGAAAAAUUGCCGGUUGAUAUGCAAAAGUUGUGAAAAUAUCAGCAAAGAAAACUUAACCCCCGAAGGUGGACCAACUCUCCCGGUAGACCAUACUGCUCAAACAACUGAUAACCCUCCAGAGAAUGGCUCAGCUCAAAGUCAAACAGCGAAAGAAAUUACGAUGAAGGACAUUUACGAUGAGUUAGAGAAAUUUUUUGGCAAAGGGAAAGUGGAAAUAGAACGUAGUUAUGAUGAUAUAAAUAUGAUUUUUGAACAUGAGUUAUAUCACUGGAUGGUUCGCUUUCCUAAAACCUUCCCGAAUCAACCAGCGAAGCUUUACCGUGAAUUGAAUCGUCAUCAUUUCUCAAGCAGCUCGCCAUGCCCUCAUUAUAACCUUGAGAAACCUCUUACUAAUCAUGUUAACAUACUUCUGUCUAUCAAGAAAAAUUGCCGGUUGACAUGCAAAAGUUGUGAAAAUAUCAGCAAAGAAAACUUAACCCCCGAAGGUGGACCAACUCUCCCGGUAGACCAUACUGCUCAAACAACCGAUAACCCUCCAGAGAAUGGCUCAGCUCAAAGCCAAACAGCGAAAGAAAUUACGAUGAAGGACAUUUACGAUGAGUUAGAGAAAUUGUUUGGUCAAGGAAAAGUGGAAAUAGAACGUAGUAAUGAUGAUAUAAAUAUGAUUUUUGGGCAUGAAUCAUAUCACUGGAUGGUUCGCUUUCCUCAAAACUUCCCAGAUCAACCAGCAAAGCUUUACCGUGAAUUGACACGUGAUUAUUUCUCAAGCAGCUCGUCAGGCCCUCUUUAUAACCUUGAGAAACCUCUUACCAAUCGCGUCAACAUACUUCUGUCCAUCAAGAAAAAUUGCUGUUAUUCGUGCAAGACCUGUAAAAAGAUCAGCAAAGAGAAGUUAACCAAGCCUGCUGCUGCAAUGCCCCCAGUCACCGCAACGUUUGCUGACAUUGUAAAAGAGCUAGCAAACGAAAUAAAGAUGACCGAUAUGCCAACACCGUUAUCGUUUUCUGACCGGACCCAAAAUGACGGGAGCCAUAAAAUUGAAUUUAGGCAUUUCUACAAGACGUGGUCCAUAAAAAUCCCCGUUGAAUUUCCUGAUAAACCUGCAGAGGUCUACAAACAAGAAACGCUGUAUGGCGCUCCGGAGAAGAAGACAAUAACGGAUUCGUCAAAGAGCAAACAUGAACAGAAAUCAUUGGUUUCAUCAGAUCUCAUCAUGUUAGCCAUCAGAAGCAACUGUUAUUGCUCGCCAUGCCGGAAGAAUAGUUCGUGCAAACAAUUUCGUAAUUAAUAACAUGAUCGUACCUAAUGUAACGUGAGUUUAAAGUGCAUGUUUUUGAUAAGUAGAGACGUUAGUACGUAGUUUAGUAUAGUUUUUGCAAGAUAACGUCCCGGUCAAACGUGGAUGAGACUGAGUUUUAAUGAAAGUUGCAUGAGAAUCGAGAGUUUGUACGAGAAUUCUCUCAACUCCCAUGGCCAUGUCAACUCUUAUGGUGCCGGUCAAACAGAAGCAAGGUAGCCUGGGAGUUGACGAAAGUUGGCUAGAUUUUAUCCACCAAACAAACAAGAACUCUUAUCCAAAUUUGAACCAGCUCAAAGUUGGUGAGAGUACACGAAACUCGAUGGCAGUUUGCAGUCAAAUGCGAGCGAGGAUUGCAACUGUCAUCAACCCUCAUUAGCGUUUGACCGUGCUUAGUAGUAACUGCAUAUCAAUGAGAAAGUGUGAAGCAAUGUUUUUUUGGAACCUCUAGCAACGAAUAUUGUGCACAACGGAUUCCGAGUAAAAUGAAAAACGACCACUAAUAACACACAGUUUAUGUAAAAUAUUAGAACAAACCAGUUCGUGUUCAUGCUGUAUAAUUAGUUUUAAUGAAGAUAAAGGUGGUUAAAGUUAUCUUUAGCUUCUCGCGCAGGACUCGUAUAAUAAAACAUACAUUAUUGUUAUCAAAAGUCGUUAGAACAGUAGAAAAUCUUUAGACAGUGGAUACCUCCAAACACGAAGGGCAAGCUUCGAUCCUAAGGUAUCCAACACAUAUCUAUAGAGCCGGCCAGAGGUUUUACUGUAACUAAAUAUAUGAACUGCACGCAGAAUUUUUACGAUAUAAUGAUUAAUAUGUGGUUAUCAAAUAUUGUAAUAAAGUGUAGAUCUUUGUAGAAUUUCUAAUACUAUGAAUCCUCGCUCUCGAGUAAGUGUUUCUCUCUAUAACAAGCGCCCUGUUUUUGGAGGAAGACACUCGUCAAGCCUCCUCUAUUAAGUCCCCUUCUGCUUUACACUGAGACCCCAUUGCCAAAUCUUCAAUUAUUUCUUCGUUAGAGGCAAAUAUUUUACCGAAUACUUUAGAGCUAGAGCAUGACGAAUAUCUCUCCCCAGUUUUCUUUCGCCUCGAAUACACGCUCUUACUUAUACACCAAGACCAAGUCGGGUUUAGUCUACCGUGGCUCAAACCUAUACUCUGAAUAAAAUAAAAAACACUUUUGAAUAUGGACAUAAAUUUUCAAACUUUCGAAUGGGACUUAUCUCAUACCAAGUCAUAUUUUAGUUAUAAAACAUUCAGUUUAUAUUAUAAAUUAGAUUUUCUCAAUGGCAAGUACACUAGCUUCUAUAAUUCCUUUGAAAAUAAAACACUGAAGCAUAUGUAGCACAUUUCUUGCAUAAUACAACAGGACGAACAGCAUGACAUCAAACAUUGAUUCUUGUGUACUCCAUUUUCCUGGAACUAAAGGUUUUUCCCGGUAGAAAAGACCAGUAUUUUUCUUAGUAAAACCACAGGUGGUACACUGUUUAGUUGUUGUUAUGUAAACGAUUUUAAAACAGCCAAACAAACAAAAUUUACCUAGUAUAAGAGUAAAAUAAACUAAUUGACUUGCCUGAUGGCUUUAUGAUGUGUAAUAAGUCGAUAUUGAGAAAUAUUUGUUGACACAUUUAAUAUGCUAACUCUGUAUUAGCAUAUUACACGUAUCAAGGAAUAUUUCUAGAUUUAGUACAAGAUUUGUUUACUUUAACUGUAUUUUACUUUUUGCGAGGUAAAUUUUGGUUGUAUAAACUAAACAGUGUACGACAGAGCUGUCUGUGCUAAAACGUUAGAUACAUGAUUAUAAUUAAUAUAUUGUGAUUUAUGUAAAUGUAAUUUAAUCCAGACGGAAGUAUAUAUAUGAGAAAGCGAAAGUUCAGUCAAGUGAAUAUAUAUAAACAGUGAAUAUAUACAAACUUACAAGGCAGCUCCACUUUCAAUAAGACAAUAUUGCGUCACAGCAACUCAGCACUGAGAUCUAUCUUAACUUAAACUUGUCUUACAAAAGAAAUGUCUGUGCCGAAGAGCGAACACAAGGUAAGAAAAUAGAUUUAUUUUUCUACUUAGAAUUGGUCAAUCGAGGAAGGAAUUGACGGCAACUCUCGCUCGCGUUUGACUGCGACACGAGAAUGACUCUCAUAACUCUCAUAUCGACUCUCGCUUGCAACUGAUAUUUUACUAUAAUUGAUUUAUAUAUAUUUAUAUAUUUUGCAUUUGUUAAGGUGUACAUGUAUAUGAAUGAUUUUAAUGCUAUGUGUGCUGAGGUCCACAAACAUCAGCAUAUCCAAACAGGAGGAAAUUUGUUCGGUCUGUGGACGACUUCGGGUAGUGCUGUAAUUCGUCUCGUCGUUGGCCCUGGUCAGGGUUGCAAGCGAACAUCCACCUCGUUUCAUCAAGAUUCAGAAUAUAUGGCUCGUGUUGGUCGCUUUGUCAACGAGGAACACAUGUUAUGUCAUAUCGGAGAAUGGCGUUCCCACCACAGUCUGAUUUUAGACAAACCUGGUGCUGAAGACGAAAUCUCCAUCAGACGUAACUUCCCUCAAGACGUGUCGAAAUUUUUGCUCAUCAUUGCAAACAUUAGAAACGGUGAUAGUGUGCUGUCUCCGUAUUUCUUCACCGACGGCGGAACACGCUAUGAAAAAGCAGAGUUUGUGGUUUUAGAAUCCAAAAAUCCCUUCUCAAAUGAUGCUAAAAUUUUGGCAAAGAUUGAGCGUGGAGCUGAGGGAAAUCAAGGUCGAGCCUCUUUAACAGGCUCCGGACCCCCACGAAAUACGGGCCCAGAUUCUCAUCAGAAUCAGAACACUAGUCCCACCUAUACGCAGGUCGCCUCAAGAAGUUCCCACAAAAACCCCCAACAAACAGGCUCAAAUUCUCAUCAGAAUCAGAACACUAGACCCACCUAUACGCAGGUCGCCUCAAGAAGUUCCCACCAGAAUCCCCAACAAACAGGCUCAAAUUCUCAUCAGAGUCGGAACACUAGUCCCACCUAUACGCAGGUCGCCUCAAGAAGUUCCCACAAAAACCCCCAACAAACAGGCUCAAAUUCUCAUCAGAAAUUCUCAUCAGAAUCAGAACACUAGACCCACCUAUACGCAGGUCGCCUCAAGAAGUUCCCACAAGAAUCCCCAACAAACAGGCUCAAAUUCUCAUCAGAGUCGGAACACUAGUCCCACCUAUUCGCAGGUCGCCUCAACCAAUGGUCAACCUUCUGGGGAGAAUGCAAAUGAUGUUACCCCGACGGACACAUUUUAUACGGAAUCCCCCAAAGGUGUACCAAUACUACCAAACCUUCCAGCAGAUCAUACUUCGGCUCAAACGUCGGCGACUACCGAAUAUGAGAAGGCUAUAACGAAAGAAAUUAUCAUGAAGGACACAUACGAUGAGUUGGAGAAAUUUUUUGGCCAAGAAAAUGUGGAAAUAGAACGAACAAGUUACGAUGACAUAAAUAUGAUUUUUGAACAUGAGUCAUAUCGCUGGAUGGUUUGCUUUCCUAAAACCUUCCCGAAUCAACCAGCGCAGCUUUACCGCGUAUCGAAACGUCGUCAUUUCUCAAGCAGCUCGCCAUGCCCUCAUUAUAACCUUGAGAAACCUCUUACCAAUCAUGUUAACAUACUUCUGUCUAUCAAGAAAAAUUGCCGGUUGACAUGCAAAAUUUGUGAAAAUAUCAGCAAAGAAAAUUUAAACCCCGAAGUUGAACCAAUCCUCCCAGUAGACCAUACUGCUCAAACAACCAAUAACCCUCCAGGGAAUGAUACAGCUCAAAAUCAAUCGGCGAAUACCGCAAAUGAGACGGCAACAACGAAGGAAAUUAUCUUGAAGAAAAUUUAUGAUGGGCUUGAAAAAUAUUUCGGCAGCGAAGGAAAAGUGGCUAUUGAACGUACCAGUCAUGGUGAAGUACAAAUGACGUUCAAACAUUACCAAUAUCACUGGAUGCUUCGCUUCCCAGAAACCUUCCCAAAUCGACCUGCACAGCUUUUAUCGGCUUUCAACCCUAAAUAUUUAUCACCAUGUUCCAAUUGGCUUCUAGAGAGUCCUCUUACCAAUUAUGUCAAUAUACUUCUGUCUAUUAAGAAAAGUUGCUACAGUUCAUUAUGUAAGAUUUGCAAAACUAUCACCAAAGAAAACUUAACCAAACCUGCAACUGCCAAGCCCAUGAGCAACAAGAGUCUGGGGGACGUUGUUGAUGCUCUAACAAAUGAAAUCACAAUGAGCGAGAUGGCGACACCAAAAACGUUAGCUGGUCAGACCCAAAGUGACGGGAGUUAUAAAAUUGCAUUUGAACAUAACUACUCGAAAUGGCUGAUCACGUUUCCAGCCGUGUUUCCCGAUAAGCCAGCGGAGGUCUACAAACAAGGAAGUUGCUAUGGAACCGUGCGGCUUGAGAAAAUUGAUCUUUCUUCAAACACCAGACAUAAACAGGAGCCAUUGGUAUCAUCGAAUCUCAUUAUGUUGGCCAUCUACACCAGUUGUCGUUGCUGGAAAUGUAGAAGUAAGAAAAAUUAG